UUUAUUGUAGGUACAACGAAAAACAGUUCAGAGCUAUGCAGCACAUGUGGACAUAGUGGUUUCAAGUGUCCAGGUCACUUUGGCCAUAUAGAACUGCCAGUCCCUGUCGUCAAUCCAUUAUUUCACAAAGCAUUAUCUAUGUUACUCAAACUGUCAUGUUUAAGUUGUUUCACGUUACAAGUACCAUCAUACAUCAAGCGAUUGCUGUCUGCAAAAUUAAAGUUACUUUAUCAAGGGCAACUUAGCGAUCUCGAUAGCUUGGAUCAAGAAGUAACAUCUGUAAUAUCGAGCACACAGAAUGAAGCAGAACAAAUGGAGUACAUUCGUCGAAUUGACGAUUACAUGGAGAACUUCGACAGAAUUCGGCAGAACAGCAGUCAAAUCGUGCCUCACAAUCAUGAGGAUCAAACUAAUAUGAAGAACAUCAUUAUGCAAUGGCACGCGUAUGUCGAAAAUAUACUUAAGCAAUAUGUGAGAAACAAUAAAGCUGGGAUAUGCAUAAAUUGUCAAAACGGUCUCCCAAAGAUUUCGACGCUGCAAAAUAAAAUAAUGAUAAACAACAAAGAAGUUGCACCUUCCAAAGAGGUGCUCUCUCGCAAAGUGGCACAUAAAUUGGAGACAGUGAUGGUUAUGCCAGAUCAAUCUAAGGAAUAUCUACGGCAAUUGUGGAACAACGAAAGAGACUUUCUCAAGAUAAUUGUACCUUGCUUAAAAUUGGUAGACAUCGAAUAUCCCACUGACGUAUUCUUCUUUGAAGUGAUACCCGUGCUACCGCCGAUCGUACGGCCGGUAAAUUUUCUUAACGGUCAAAUGGUCGAACAUCCUCAAACUCACAUUUAUAAAGGCAUCAUACAAGAUUGUCUGGUCUUGAGAAAUAUUAUACAAACGAUCCAAGAUGGAGGUACCGAUCAUUUACCUCAAGAGGGUCGACUUGUCUUUGAACAGAUAAAGGGAGUUACGACUGUUGAAAAGUUGCACAAUGCUUGGCAGGCGUUGCAAAGCAACGUGAAUCACUUGAUAGAUCGCGAUAUGAACAAAACACCGGAAUCUAUCAAUGGCCAGGGCUUGAAGCAAAUUCUCGAAAAGAAGGAAGGUAUCAUUCGAAUGCACAUGAUGGGCAAAAGGGUGAAUUUUGCCGCGCGUUCAGUUAUUACUCCUGACCCCGACUUGAAUAUCGAUGAAGUUGGCAUUCCCGAGGCUUUCGCUCGCAAAUUAACGUAUCCUGUAGCUAUAACGCCGUGGAACGUCGUUGAAUUGAGACGAUUAGUCUUAAAUGGUCCCGAUGUUCAUCCUGGUGCAGUUAUGGUAGAAAAUGAGGAUGGGUUGAUACAAGCCAUUAAUAGUAACGAUUCCACGCAAAGAGAAGCUAUCGCGAAACGUCUCUUAACAACGAACGACAGGACUAACGAGUCCUUCAUUGGAGUUAAAGUAGUACAUCGGCAUCUCCAAAACGGCGAUGUACUGCUAUUGAACAGACAACCAACAUUACACAAACCGAGUAUAAUGGCUCACAAAGCGCGUGUUUUGAAAGGAGAGAAAACGUUACAUCUUCAUUAUGCCAAUUGUAAAGCGUACAACGCGGACUUCGACGGCGACGAACUCAACGCCCAUUUCCCGCAAAACGAACUGGCCAGGAGCGAAAGUUAUAACAUAGCCAAUGUAUUCAAUCAGUAUCUCGUGCCGAAAGAUGGAACUCCAUUAAGUGGCCUUAUACAGGAUUACAUGGUAUCUGGAGUACGAUUAACAACUAGAGGUAAAUUCUUCUCAAAGACGCAUUAUACGAAACUAGUUUAUACUGCGCUGCCGAUAAAGCAAAAGAAUAUAAUUCUUCUACCGCCAGCUAUCAUUAAACCGAAAAUGUUGUGGUCGGGUAAGCAGAUCCUUUCGACGGUUAUUAUUAACAUUAUUCCCUCGCAUAAGGCGCGAAUUAAUAUAGUUUCUACUACAAAGAUUAACGCAAAAGAAUGGCAGACGAAGGCUCCGCGACAUUGGAAAUGUGGAACAGAAUUUGAAAAUCUGAUAACCAUGUCGGAAGCUGAAGUUAUAAUUCGACACGGAGAAUUAUUAUGCGGCGUACUCGAUAAAAUGCAUUACGGCGCGACUCCUUACGGUCUCAUUCAUUGUAUUUACGAGUUAUAUGGAGGAAUAUGCGCGAGCAAAAUGUUAAGCGCGUUUGGCAGAUUAUUCCAAAUGUUUCUACAGUGCGACGGAUUUACUCUCGGUGUCGAAGACAUUUUAAUAACACGUGAAACUGACGAAAAACGUAAAGAGAUCAUUUCCAAUUGCAGAAAAGUCGGAGAGGCUAUACAAAAAUCUAUUGUAAAAGUACCUGACGAUAUGCCUAUGGAUGAAAUUCGAACUAAAAUGGAAGAAUCUUAUUGGAAUAACGCGAAAUUUCGUGCGCAAAUUGAUCACAAGUAUAAGAGCACUUUGGACGUUUAUACCAAUGAUAUUAACAAAGUCUGCCUGCAAACGGGACUCUUUAAGAAGUUCCCGGACAACAACUUACAGCUUAUGGUGCAAUCUGGUGCAAAGGGAUCCACGGUUAAUACUAUGCAAAUAUCGUGUUUGCUCGGUCAGAGCGAAUUGGAAGGUAAAAGGCCACCGUUAAUGAUCAGCGGGAAGAGUUUAUCGGGUUUUCCAGCAUACGAUCCGACACCCAGAGCCGGUGGUUUCAUCGAUGGUAGAUUUAUGACCGGCAUCAAAAGUCAGGAAUGUUACUUUCAUUGUAUGGCAGGACGCGAAGGUCUCAUCGAUACUGCUGUAAAAACCAGUAGGUCCGGUUACCUACAAAGAUGUUUGGUAAAACAUCUGGAAGGUUUGAUUGUUAAUUACGACGCGACGGUUAGAGACUAUGAUGGUAGUUUAAUUCAGUUUUAUUACGGAGAGGACGGCCUUGAUAUACCGGGUUCGCGUUUUCUAAAUAAGGACCAAAUUGCGUUUCUAGUUGACAAUAAAGAUUCUAUUAUAGAUACGAAGUUAUUGGAAUAUCUAAAGACAGACAGUGAGGAAAUGAUGAAGACGAUAAAAAAGAUUAAGAAGUGGGAAAGUAAAAAUGGUUCCUCUUUGCUAAAGAGAAGAGUCAGUGAGUUCAGUAGAUUCUCUAUGGAGAAUUCCAAUCAGAGCAACAAUGCCAAACAAAAGGCCAUUGAUAGCUAUAGUGGAAGGACCAAAGCCGCGUUAUCACUUAUAAGGAAGUGGGGAAAGGCGAAGAAAGAAGUGAAAGAGUCAUUUCGCGCACAAUGUGCUAAAUGUCCCGAUCCGAUAAUAUCAAAAUACAGACAAGACAUUGAAUUCGGUGUAUUAUCUGAACGAAUAGAAAGCCUAGUAGAUGAAUAUCUCUCUCGUUCAUCGAAAUCUGUUAAGAAAUCUGCCUUGAGAGAUCUGUUAGCUAUAAAAGUUAUGAAGACAAUUUGCCCGCCUGGUGAACCGGUUGGUUUAUUAGCAGCGCAAUCCAUUGGUGAGCCGUCCACUCAAAUGACUUUGAAUACUUUCCAUUUUGCGGGACGUGGAGAGAUGAACGUGACCUUGGGUAUUCCUAGAUUACGUGAGAUCUUAAUGAUGGCGUCGAGAAACAUAAAAACUCCAAGCAUGGAAAUACCCUUCCAAAGUAAUUUGCAGGAUCUUGAAAAACAGGCGAAAAAGGUGAGAUUAGGAUUAACAAGAUGCGUCUUGCGCGAUGUACUAAAAGAUAUCACGAUGAGCAGGAGAAUAGAAGAGAGCCCACACCGAAGAUUGGUGCACACUAUAACAAUCAAAUAUCUUCCUCACAAGUAUUAUAAAGGAGAAUUUUCCGUUCAUCCGCGGACCGUGAUUAAGUGCACCGAGGAAACCUUCUUCAAGAAUAUAUUCAAAGAAAUUAAGAAAUUUGCCAAAAUGACUAAGGUUUUGUUACACUUCGAGGGAGAAAAGAUAUGGGCAAAUGACGAGGACGCGGCAAUAGAUCAAAUUGAUCCUGACGAGGUAGUACCGGAAAAUACUGGAAACAGAACGCGAAUGGAUUUGGGAGAAAUGCACGAAUCAUCCGAUGAGGAACAGGCUGCGGAAGACGCUGAUGCGACAAUGACUAAGUCAUUGUUGCGUCAUCAAGAAAAUCAGGAAUAUGAAGAUCCCGAAGAAAUUGAAGAUAUUGCAGAUGAUAAGGAAGAAGAAGCAGAUGAUAAUAAUAAUGCAAGUAAAAUUGUCGAGAAUAAGGAAGGUGACGAAGACGAUGACGAUGAUAUUAAAACAUUAAAUAGAAAAAAUAAAUUUACUAACAGAAAGGAAUGUGUCAUAAAUAUGUAUGAUAAUGCUAUGGAUUAUGAUUAUGACGAGAGUAAAUUAUCGUGGUGCAAAUUCACUUUUUGGUUACCGCUUAAAACGAUCAGAUUGGAUUUGCCAACGAUAAUCAAGAAUGCUGCAAGCAAAACUGUUUUGUGGGAAACACCAUGCAUCAAGAAAGCCUUUACAUUUCAAAACAGCAAAGGCGAAACAAUUCUCAAAACAGAUGGUUUAAAUAUAGUGGAAAUGUUUAAGUAUGAUAACAUACUUGAUUUAAACAGAUUAUAUUCUAAUGACAUUUAUAAUAUUUCUCAAACGUAUGGAAUCGAAGCUGCAAAUAGAGUCAUUGUAAAAGAAGUUCGGGAUGUCUUCAAGAUGUAUGGUAUCACUGUUGACUCUAGACAUCUGUCCUUAAUCGCGGAUUACAUGACCUUUGAUGGCACGUUCAAACCACUUAGUCGAAAAGGAAUGGAGGAUUCAGCCUCGCCGUUACAACAAAUAAGCUUCGAAAGUUCGCUAGGUUUUUUGAAAACGGCGACGUUGCAAGGUGAGUUAUGUUAAACAUAAACUUAAAAAUUGCUGUCAAUUUUUAAAGAUAUGAAAUGGUCAAAAUGUGUCAAAACACAUAGGAAAAAAAACUCAUGAGUCUAAAAAGUAUUUGUUUUUAAGGCUCCUGGGCGGUCACGGUGGCGCCGUACCGUCGCGGCAGAAAUAAGAACCUC